GCUAGCCUUGUCAGGUACUUCGGAGUUGUAACCAAAGCUUUAAGUGACUUUACCUCACUGAAGCUCCGUUCAUCACUUCAACACACUUCAACACACAUCAGCAUUUCAAAUCAAAACAUCCCCCUCAUAUCCUCGUAACGUCCACACAGCACGAACGCUGGUAAAGUUACACAUAGAAAACGGACUUAUUUCUCUACUUUGGAUUUAUUUUCUCUCUCUUCAAAUUUCAUUAACCUAACUAUCCUUAUCCGCCAUGUCUAGCGCCCCAGAUAUGGAGGGCGUCGAGCGCCGAGGAUCUGACGAUGGCAAAGACAAGAAGGACGAAGGACGAGGUGACGGAUCAAAAGACGGAAGCAACAAAGUUAAUCGCGAUGGUGACUCCGAGAUGAAAGAUGCCGAACCCGUAGCAGAUGAAAUUCUAGACGAGGAAAUCCUAAGUCUCGGUACGGAAGACCUCAAGACUCGGAAACGUCUAUUAGAGAACGAUGCCAGAAUCAUGAAGAGCGAAUUCCAACGGUUAUCGCACGAAAAGGCAACUAUGGGCGAAAGGAUCAAGGAGAAUAAUGAGAAGAUCGCAAAUAACCGGCAAUUACCUUACCUCGUUGGUAAUGUUGUUGAGCUUCUCGACCUCGACCCUACCGCCGAAUCUUCCGAAGAAGGUGCCAAUAUCGAUCUCGACGCCACAAGGGUGGGCAAGUCGGCUGUUAUCAAAACAUCUACUAGACAAACCAUCUUCUUACCCUUGAUCGGUCUUGUCGAUCCAGAAACCCUCAAGCCCGCCGACCUUAUCGGUGUCAAUAAAGAUUCCUACCUAAUCCUCGAUACGUUACCUGCAGAGUAUGAUAGCCGUGUCAAGGCUAUGGAGGUUGACGAGAAGCCUACCGAAAAGUACAGCGACGUCGGCGGUUUGGAUAAGCAAAUAGAAGAACUCGUCGAGGCUAUCGUCUGGCCGAUGAAGGAGGCCGAGCGGUUCAAGAAAAUUGGCAUCAAGGCACCUAAAGGUGCUCUCAUGUAUGGACCUCCGGGAACCGGCAAGACCCUUCUAGCUCGAGCCUGCGCCGCCCAAACGGAUGCCACAUUCCUCAAAUUAGCUGGUCCACAACUAGUUCAGAUGUUUAUAGGAGAUGGUGCCAAGUUGGUUCGAGACUGCUUCGCGUUGGCCAAGGAGAAGGCCCCCGCUAUUAUCUUCAUCGACGAGCUUGAUGCCGUCGGUACGAAGCGUUUCGAUAGUGAGAAGAGCGGCGACCGAGAAGUUCAACGAACUAUGCUUGAGUUGCUAAACCAGCUAGACGGUUUCGCGUCGGACGACCGUAUCAAAGUCUUGGCCGCCACCAACCGUGUUGAUGUCCUCGACCCCGCUCUACUACGAUCUGGUCGGCUGGAUCGCAAGAUAGAAUUCCCUCUACCCAACGAAGAAGCUAGGGCUCAGAUCCUCAAGAUCCACUCGCGCAAGAUGAAGGUCGACACUAGCAUCAACUGGAACGAACUGGCCCGAAGUACAGACGAAUUUGGUGGCGCUAUGCUGAAGGCGGUCUGUGUCGAGGCUGGUAUGAUCGCCCUACGGAUGGGCAAAAACAAGAUCAGCCACGAGCACUACGUGGAUGCGAUUGCUGAGGUGCAAGCUAAGAAGAAGGAGACGGUCAAUUUCUACGCAUAGUUUUCUUCGAUUGGAGCGAAUGGCAGUCAUAACGUAGAAGAAGCUUGUAAUAUAAUAUCGGUAUAUCGCGAAUUUAGAGCGGUUUACCGACAUCAUGUCCCUUUUGGCCAUUAUUUUUCAGUCUGGUCUUUUCGGUGUAAUGAUGAGCUCCCAUGACUUGUACAUUUCUCUAUCCUAAUUCCCUACGGCGUAGGCUAAUUCCUAGGGAACGUUAUUGUGCUUGUA